UCCAACCAUAAGAGAGCUGCGCCAUGUUGUUUAGAGAGGGUUCGUGAAUCGUGUGUGCUGCAGCAUUCUGUCGUAUUUCGGGCAUAAAAGACCGAGAACGCGGGCGUUUUCCACUUCGCUACGGUGCUCUAGGCUGCGGAUCCCGCCCAUUCAGUGAAGGUGAGCGAAGGUGAAGAAUUACCAGCUCUUUAGAAAUCGAAGCAGCGCCUGCACGAACUGGGAGCAUGCCGCCGCGCAAAAAUAUUGCGCGCCGAGGUCGUAAGUCGGCGACUCAGGGCAGAUGUGUGGGAAAGCCGACUGCAUGCAGCGUGGCGGCGCAGCAGCUGGAAAGCAGCAAGCUAACAGCUGCCAUCGUAGUCGUCGAGAAGCUGUCCGAUUCCGUCGUCACCCAGAAGCCACGGAAGGCGGACGCCGCCAUUGAACCCAGCGCCGCCAAGAGGAAGAAGCUUUCGGACGCCCCGGUUGCCGCAGAGCCCGAGCCCACUGAAGUGGAAGACGGGGCCUCCGAAGAAGAGGAAGACGGCACAUGUGAAGCGCUGUUUCUCGACGUUGACGACGACGAAGGCGGCUCGCCGGCGCCUAGCGACGACCAGAGGGCGGACGACGAGAAGCACGACAGCGCUGUCGAGGAGGACUCUAUGCCUGCCGAGACUGAGAAGGCCGAUGAGAACGCGGAGGAAGUGUGCGACGAGGCGGCACCGGAGGACGACGAAGAGUGCGUUGACGACGACGCGGAGAACGUCAACGGCGAGGAGUACACGGAGGUGGACGAGGAGAUCGUCGAGGAAGAGGCCGAAGACUCCCAGGAUGGCGAAGGAGAGGUGGACGACUCUCGGCAUUGCGAAGAGACGGUCGGAGAGCACGACGAAGAAGAGGCCGGCGAGUCCCAGGACUGCGAAGAGGCCGUGGAGUCUCGGGAUGGCGAAGAGGAGGACGCGGGAGGCGAAGACGGCGCGGAGGGAGAGACCGCUGAAAACUGGGAAGCAGCAGCCGACGGUGAAGUCGAGUAUUACGAGGAGGGCGAUGGUACGCCGCAAGACGCCGAGUGGGACGAAGAGAUGGAAUGCGUUGACGCCGACGAUGCGGAGGUCGUCGAUGACGUAGACGAUGCCCAAGGCGGGGGACAGGACGCGGAAGAGUGUGCCGAUGGAGGGGAGGAUCACAUCAUGGACGACCCCGCAGUGCAUGACGAGACGGCGCGUGAUACGCACGAUUACAGCGCAGAAGAAGACGGCGCCCAGGCCGAUGGCACUGAUAAUGAAGCCACCAUGGCAGACGAGCCGAUCCCUUCCGAUGACGGGGCUUCCGUCACGGAGGAGGAGCCAACUGUGGAGAUAACGCAGCUGUCCGAGCUGUGUCCCACUGUAUCGUUGGAGGAGCCCAAGACCAUCGCCGAGUCACUUCGAGACAGCAUCCAGAGCUCGGUGCAGCUGUUCAUCGAGCGGCUGCUGCUUCUUGAUGCCAAGGGCCCAGAACAUGGAGCUGGCCAGGGCGAUAAGAGGGUGUACGGCUGCAGCCUGUGCAACAUCCAGCUUGAACAGCCUGACCAGUUUGACUGUCACAUGGAAAGCCCGCUGCACACAAAGCGCCUCCGUUGGCUUUACUUUAUGGGCCUCAACAAGGACAUAGGCCAGAUUCACUGCCGCGUGUGCCACAUGUCGUUGUCCUCUGAGGACCACCUCUGGGGACACCUGCGCAGUGAGAGACACGUGUUCCUCAGCAAGACACUCAAUGUGCAUCCAGACUACACUGAGCACCUGCUGCUCCAGCACUUGCCCAAGGCCAAAGUGGAAAGCUUGCUCCAGUCGCUCCAGCAGCCUGCCACCGGAAGUCAGCAGGCGCCCACCACCGAUGAGGGGAAGGACCAGAGGGGAGUGGACAAGCAGCCAGACACGAGUGAGGCGAAUUCAAGCAGUGGACAGCAGAAUGAGGCCAGCCACGAGUUGUACCGCUGCGACGUCAGCGAAACCUCGGUGCCCACUCAUGGCAAUGACGAGCUCGAGAGGCACUUCAAGGGUCAUCAAGCCAAGGUUGAAGAAUUGGCCAGGCGAGGAAAGCCAAAGCCAGGCACAGAUGGUGCUGGAGGUGCUGCCAGGGGUUCCAAGGAUGCGGGCAGAUGUACACAUUCUGGCGCCUCAAGCCCAACCAAGCAGACCAGCCGAAAAGGCAAAGAGAUGGACAGCACAAGAGAUCGGCAUUCGAGGGACCACUCCCGUAGUGACUCUCGGAAGGGUCGAAGCAGCUCAAGAGACCGGAAGGGCCACACCACUUCCAAGGACCGAACUUGCAAAAGAAGUGACCAUGGCCACAGUGCAGGUCGUGGCAGCCACAGUGGCUCCCGAGACGGCGCAUCGUCCAAGAAACUGUCCGAUCGAAGCACUUCGGAUGGCCACAAAGAUGACAGAAAAGGCAAAAGCGAUACCAAGGGCUCGGGAAAGCCAGUUUCGCAGGCAAAGGCCACUAAGAAGGACACAACUGAAGGUGACCAGGCUGAAGGCAGCUCUCAAGUGGAAAACAUUGGAGAAGUACCAGCUGCCGCCUCUGGUGCAGUGGACGGCACUGGAGAAAACAACGAGGAUGCCACUGUUGUCAGUGGUAACGGUGCGGCUCCUGAAGCUAAAGGGGCCUCGACAGACAUUGAAGCCAAAGCUGAGCCAAAGACAGAGUCUAGUAGCACCACCAAAGACCAGAAAGAGGGGAAAGGCACAAAGGACUCCAAGGAGGGCGAUUCUAGCGACCGCUCAAGACCGAGACGAAGACGAUCGUCGCGAAGCCGCAGCCGGAGUCAUUCCCGAGGCCGAGCCAGGGCUGGACAGGGGCCAAGGCUGAGGCCAGCUGCAAGCCAGAGGGACCCAAAGCACGAUGCACGUCGGAUCUCUCCACCACGCAGAUACGUGCGACGAGAUUCUCCACCAGUGCGCAGAAGGCCCGAAAUCCACAGCGAGUCCUCCCGAGGCUCCAGGCGGUCGAGGUCUCGCUCCAGGGACAGAGGGCCGAGGGCAUCUCCUCCUGGGACGUACAGUUGCCACACCUGUAACAUGGUGCUGCACUCGCAUCUGGAGUACACCGAGCACUUUGCCUCUCGGACGCAUCGCCUGGCUGUGGGUUCUCAUGGGGCAGGACUCCUGGAAGACUACACGGAACGCCGUGGUGGUGUUGGGGUGAGUCCAAGUGCAAGCACGGUGGCGGCCACUCUGGAGACCAUGAUCCAGCUCCAGCAGAAGCUGCUCUCCAUGACGGCUGCCCAGCAGCAACAGACAGCAUCGGCUGGCCUGACGGGAGCCACCACCAGCACAACGGCCACUGGGGGCAUGCCACCUUCAGUCGGCGCUUACCGAUCCAACGAGUUCUCACCCUCGUCUGGCAUGGACCUGCAGAAGAGCUUGCAGCAGCUGAGGCAAAGCCAGCGCUACAAUGUGGGCUCCACAACAACUUACAGUGGCACGGCCUCUGUGGGAGCCCAGCACAUGCAGCAGCACGUGGCACCUUUUGGAAGUGGUUCCACCAUGGCCCCACUGCGAGACACUGGUUCCAGCUACCAGAGUAGCACGUUGGAUGUGUACUCCAGCAAGAAGGGGCCUCCCUAUGGAGCAGCCGCACCCGGUGUUUACUCGCAGACCGGAGCCCCAGCCAGCAGCACAUUUGGUGCAGGCAGUGGUGCUUUUGGUAGCAGCCCUAGCACCAUGAGCAGCAGCAGCAUCACUGGGGGCAGCCUCUCCAGUGCGCUGGCACGGACCAACGAGUACCGCAAGAGCAGCCUUGGUCCCACGGCACCCAUUCCAACUAGCUACGGGCGGCUGCCGCUCGGCCACCUUGGGCGCGGGGGCCUCAAGCGUUACUGAGGCCCACUAAGUCAGCACAGGAAAAGCAGGAUCCUUUUCCCGUGGUUUCUCUUUCGUGUACAUACCUUCCACUCAAUAAAGAAAAGUCU